CGGUUCCAACUCCCAGCUCGCACACCACUGGCGGACACCCCAGUAACAAGUGAGAGCGCUCCACCCCGCAGUCCCCCCACCCCCACUCUCCUCCCUCGGUCCCCUCGGCUCUUGGAAGAAAAACCAGCAGCAUCUCCAGCUCUCGCGCGGAAUUGUCUCUUCAACUUUACCCAACCGACGACAUGGAACCAGCCUCAACCUUUUAAUGCACAGCCCGGCCACAGGAUUGCCUUCCAUCUCCUCUUGGUCCCUCCUGGAUGUGGUUUAUUGAUGACUUGCGAGCCCCUCAGAGAGCUGUCUUCCCUCCUCUGGCUCCCUCCGUUUCCUUGAGUUAGUUUUCCAAGGUUUUACCGGGGCUCGGGAUCUCUUGGACCGAAUGGAACUUUUUGCUGCCUGCUUUUGCUGCUGAUUCUGUCAGUGGACAAGGAAAAAGGCUUCGAAGGCAGCAGAGGCACAGGGGAGGUGGAGAAAGAGGUGGAGGAAGAGGACGAGGAGGAGGAGGAGGAAGCCGAAGGGGCUCGGCGCGUGUGUGUGCAUGUGUGCAUGCGUGUGUGAGUGCAUGUGUGUGAGUGCUGUCGCUGCCCACGACCCCUGGCCCCGAAGGUGUUGGCUGAAAUAUGGAGAAUAGUCUUGGAUGUGUUUGGGUACCCAAGCUGGCUUUUGUACUCUUCGGAGCUUCCUUGCUCAGCGCGCAUCUUCAAGUAACCGGUUUUCAAAUUAAAGCUUUCACAGCACUGCGCUUCCUCUCAGAACCUUCUGAUGCCGUCACAAUGCGGGGAGGAAAUGUCCUCCUCGACUGCUCUGCAGAGUCUGACCGAGGAGUUCCAGUGAUCAAGUGGAAGAAAGAUGGCAUCCAUCUAGCCUUGGGAAUGGACGAAAGGAAGCAGCAACUUUCAAAUGGGUCUCUGUUGAUACAAAACAUACUUCAUUCCAGACACCACAAGCCAGAUGAGGGACUUUACCAAUGUGAGGCAUCUUUAGGAGAUUCUGGCUCAAUUAUUAGUCGGACAGCAAAAGUUGCAGUAGCAGGACCACUGAGGUUCCUUUCUCAGACAGAAUCUGUCACAGCCUUCAUGGGAGACACAGUGCUACUCAAGUGUGAAGUCACUGGGGAGCCCAUGCCAACAAUCCACUGGCAGAAGAACCAACAGGACCUGACUCCAAUCCCAGGCGACUCCCGAGUGGUGGUCUUACCCUCUGGAGCACUGCAGAUCAGCCGAAUCCAACCAGGGGACAUUGGAAUUUACCGAUGCUCAGCUCGAAAUCCAGCCAGCUCAAGAACAGGAAAUGAAGCAGAAGUCAGAAUUUUAUCAGAUCCAGGACUGCACAGACAGCUGUAUUUUCUGCAAAGACCAUCCAAUGUAGUAGCCAUUGAAGGAAAAGAUGCUGUCCUGGAAUGUUGUGUUUCUGGCUAUCCUCCGCCAAGUUUUACCUGGUUACGAGGCGAGGAAGUCAUCCAACUCAGGUCUAAAAAGUAUUCUUUAUUGGGUGGGAGCAACUUGCUUAUCUCCAACGUGACAGAUGAUGACAGUGGAAUGUAUACCUGUGUUGUCACAUAUAAAAAUGAGAAUAUUAGUGCCUCUGCAGAGCUCACAGUCUUGG